CGGCAAAUUUGUUGUUUCUUUGGUCAGAAGAGGAUGUUUCAAAUCCGGGACAUGUUCAAUUGGUCAGUUGAGGUCGGAUGGGACGAGUUUUGGUUCCAGGGUGUGAAAAACAUGGAGAGUGAAGCAUUAUUCUACGAACUAAUGUCACGCCUGCCCGAAGAUGAAGCGCGGGAGUCAUUGGACAUGGGAAGCGGUCCAUCA